GAAUGAGAGAGAGAAGCUCAGUCUGCUGGAAAAAGGAGGAGGAACUGCUGAUGAUCUCCUAGGAGACACCAGAACAUCUCUCUGACUAACGGGAGUCCCGCUCAACAGCCGAGAUGGCUCGGGACAUGUCAGAUAAAGAUAUCCUGAAGAUGGAGCUGGAUCAGUUGAAGAAAGAGGUCAGCACAUCCAGAACUGCAGUUUCUGCAACUGCUCCUGAGCUCAUCGCCUAUGCUGAGGCUCAGUCUGCAGAAGACCCCCUGAUCAAGGGAGUUCCUGAAGACAAGAACCCCUUUAAGGAGAAGGGAGGUUGCAUCAUCACAUAGCGAAGGCCCUCCACUGGCCACACUCUUAAAAAGAAGGGUUCCUGGAGGGAUCUUGAUGGGGGUCCAUGGUUCUUUAGCACACCAUGACCUGUUUAGGCUUCCCUGCAAGAAGAGCAGCAGCGUACCUUUCGCCGUCUUUCCCAGAACCACUAAUCAAAGCAUGUCAACACGACAGGUUCCCAUACAGAGAUCCUUUCUUUUUUAGAUUGCAAGCUAUCUUUUUUAAAGCACAGUCAGGAUAAGUAAAUCUGUCACGGACAGCACGGACAAUCAGUGUUUAGCAUGUACUUUGGACAUAUGAUGAUGUAUGGUCAUUGAGAAGUUAUGAUACCACAGCUAGUGACAGGAGAGGGACGCCCACAUCCUUGAUUACUAUUUGUAAUAUAUUUUUCUGGGUAUCUUUUUAAAAUAAAUGCAUCUAGUAUUAGCCAAAAA